AUGGCGAAGAAAGGGGGAGCGCAGAGCCACCUUCGGGCGCGAAUAUCCUAUCUGCACCGCGCGGCCGCCUAUCUCCAGUCUGCGCACACAGCUCUCCCCAGACCGGACGGAAGCUCAGAGAACAACAAUGCGGGGGAGACUACGACCACCCACGACAAUAAUACCCCGCCGAGGGCGCCACGAACAGUCCCAGAGAUCGUUGACAACGACAAGAUCCUGAAGGAAAUGCAGCGCGCCAAAGAAAACGCCGCCAAGGUUGCUUCAUUGUCUCUUCCCCGGCAGUACAUCUCCCAGAUGCGCGGGGUGUCCCUGAAAACGCAGCUUCGCCUGCCGGUCGAGGUCAAACGUUCUUUCUGCAAGCGCUGCGACAUCCUCCUUGUCCCCAACGUCACUUGCGUCGAGGAGAUUCAAAACGCCAGCCGGGAUCGCAAGAAGCCCUGGGCAGAUGUCCGGGUGGUUCGUUGUACAGCCUGUGGAACUGAGAAGCGCUUCCCCCAGACUGACAAACGCAGCAAGAAGCUGUCUGAACGCCGGAAGGAGAACAAAGAAGUAGUCAAGGACCAGUCUGGGGUGUCGUAG